AUCUUGUACGUCAAUCGCUGUCAGGGGUCGUUGCCGUCGUUGUGGUACUCGCAAAAUUUUGAGAUAUCUUCGCAAUGUGAAGCUUUAUUGGAAAUUGUGUUAGGACUGGUGCGACCAUGGGGUCACAACUGCUGCUGAGGUGGGACAACCACCUUCCCAGCUUUGCAUGCUCCAUGAAGGAGUGUUUCGAUGAUGGGGACCUCACAGACCUCACCAUAUCAUGCCAGGGCAGAGUGCUGCGCUGCCACAAGCUGGUGCUCUCCGUGGCCAGCCCCCACUUCAAGCAGCUGCUCAAGACGAGUCCCGACAAGCACCCGAUCGUGAUAAUGCGUGACAUUCCGUACAAGGACAUGGCGGCGCUGCUGACGUUCAUCUACCAGGGUGAGGUGACCGUCUCCGAGGAGGAGCUGCCUAGCUUCCUCAAGACGGCCAAGGCGCUCGAAGUGCGCGGACUGACCGACGACGAGCGUGCCAAGGCUGCCGGCGGUUCGGCGCCGCCACCACAGUCCGCCUCCGCUACCAAUAGAGCCCCGUCUGGCCGCCCGUCGCACCUGGAGCCGGAGGUGGUGGUGAAGGAGGAGCCCUGUGACCCGGACGAGACGCCGCCCGUCCGGCCGCCAGUCGCCAUGACCGCCAUCAGCGACAUGAGCAUGCUGAAAACGUCCACCAGCCAGGGUUUCCGGUUUGAAGGAGGCAACUCGUUCCAGAUGGCACCGGCGGCAUCCGCACCAAAGACCGUCAGCCCCUGUGUGGUGCGGCUGGAGAAGCUGGACGGCGAAGGCGGCGGCGGCGGCGCGGUCAGUCACAUUGUGGGCGAGCCGUCGGCCGCGGGGGACCCGGCCGCUGGUAACCUGGACGACAUGCUGAUCCCGGGCACCAGCGCGCUGCUCGACCGCAUCCUGCGCCGCCAGCUCAGUCUGCCCGAGCGCGGCUACUUCUGUCCCUACUGCACGCGCGAGGUCAACAUGCGCACGCUGGGAAAACACAUGACCAAGAUCCACGGCGGUAUGCGGCUGCAGUGCAAGGGGUGCCGCGAGGUGGUGCAUACGCGCGUGACGAGCCUGCUCAUCAACCACGGUAUCUGCGUGUUGCUGCUCAACAAAAACUCCAAACUGGGAGACCAACUGAUCCGUAAGCUAUCGCGCCAAAUCCGCUCCAUCUACAAGAACCGUCGCUUCAAGUCGCAGAUGCUGAAGCGGUACCCGGACCUGAGCUACUUCUGCAGUAGCUUCAUCUUCGGCCGCGUGAAGCAGCCGUGUGAGCGCUGCGGCCUGGUGCUGUGGUCCUCCAGCAUGGCCAGUCACCUGGAGAAGUGUGGCGAGGACGUCAUCCAGUGCGACUUCUGUAACAAACACAUGGCUCGCACGCGGCUGCCCUACCACGUGGACAUCUACCACCCGGGCAAGGUGAUCCAGCAGAAGCCGCUAGCGCUGCCGCCGCCGCCCGCCGAUGACGAGUCGGGUGACGAGUCUCCGCGGCCGCUGGCGCACCCCGUGUUCAGCGCAGCGGCGCCCGACGAGGCGCCCAGCUCCGCGCAGAUUGUCAGCUGCACGAAGUGCCACAAGAAGAUGCGCCAGAACAACUUGCGGCGUCACAUGCGCGUCAUGCACCCGUGGAAGCCGAGUAUGCGCCGCGUGGACCCGGCCACGGGUCUGGCGCGUGUGCCGUCCGACCAGCCGCCGACGCUGGAGGUCGCCGAGCAGCCGCAGGACCAGCACAUGAUGACCCUCUCCGACGACGAGCCGAUGGAAGGCGCCCGUCAGGAGGUGGUUGAUGACGAGCCGGCGGAACAGGCAACCGCCGACAACAAGUACGCUGCAUACAAACGCACCUGCCCUGUGUGUAGUAAAACCAUGUGGAAGAAAUACUUGGUGUCGCACGUGCGCUCGUCUCACCCCGAGUACGAACUCGAUGAGGAGGGUGAGCGGCACCUGAACAACCUCCCGCCCCCGCCGGGCGCCGUGAGUAAGGCCAAGGUCAUUAAACACUGCCCCCACUGCUGGAAGACCAUGUGGCGGUGUAACGUGAAGCGCCACAUCCGCCAGGUGCACCCGGAGCACAGCCACGAGCUGACCGACUCAUUCGACCUGGAGGCGGCGAUCCGCGCGGCGGCGCUGGAGCGCGGACUUCCACCGCCGGCCUCCGAGCCUUCCUCGGCCGGCGAGGAGGAUGGACAAGAGGACGAGGAAGACGCAGCGUCCAUGGCUAUUCGCGAGAUGAACGCCAUGGCGGAGGCGGAGGGCAUGGAGGCGCUCCAGGCUGACGACGACGAGCCCGAGGGGGAGGAGGUGCUGGAUGAUGACAUGGACGAGGGGGAGACGGUGCCCACCAACUCCCGCCGCCACGAGAAGAACCUGAAGCGGUGCCGCUACUGCAGCAAGCUGCUGCGCGGCUGUCACAUGCGGCGGCAUAUUCUCAACUGGCACAGCGGCUCACCCGGUAAACCGUCCACCAAGACGGGCGUGCCGGGCGGCCUGAACCCGGCCCGGCAGCGCACCUGUCCUGUCUGUCACAAGACGGUGGUGGUGAACAACCUGCGGCGCCAUAUCCGCGCCUCGCACCCGGAGGUGAGUGAGGAGGAGCUACAGAACGUCACCGAUACCUCCUACCCGGGCAUGAGCGCCGCGCUGGCCGACGAGGCCAGUAACGACGCGUCGCUAGCCGACGCUGACGAGACGAGCUCGUCCGGCCCACCGGCGCCGACCUCCGCGCCCGCCACGCCCGGCGGUACAUACGCCAACCGGCGCAUGCGGCGUUGUCCGUUCUGCGGCAAGGUGAUGGUGUCGAGCAACAUGGCACGUCACUGCAAGACCCACCACCCGGUGGAGUGGCGCGCCACACAUGGUGACGGCAGCGGCGCCGCGCGCGCCGACGCUCGCUCGGCGGCUGAGGCUGCCGAGGAAAUGGAGGCGAUGAACGCAGAGGAGACGGCCGCCUGGCUGGACGAGACUGGGAUGGACGGCACAGACGAGAUGCUGGACGGUGCUGACGCCUUCGAAGACGAUGAGCCCCUCUCGGAGGACGGUGAGGACCCGAUCGGUGUUGGUGAUGACCUGGAGGAAGACGAGCCGGCUGAACAUCCUGACGUGCUCGCGGCUGGAGAGGAACCGACUGAGGACCCGCUGGGUAUGGGUGGCAGUCCGGCCGACCACCCAGACCUGCUGGAUGAAACAGACGAGCCCGCCGACCACCCUGACCUACUGGAGGAGGCUGAUGAGCCGGCGGACCAUCCCGACUUGCUGGCUGAGGCGGAUGAGCCCGCCGAUCAUCCGGAUUUGCUAGCCGAGGCGGAUGAACCAGCGGAUCAUCCGGAUCUGCUGGCGGAAGCGGAUGAGCCCGCUGAUCACCCCGAUCUACUAGCAGAGGCGGACGAGCCUGCCGACCAUCCCGACUUGCUCGCUGAAGCCGAGGAGCAGGGUGACGAACAAGAAGCCGCCUAGGGCGCCGGCUCAACGCCUGAGGGACUGGAAGCACUGGUCGGAGACGAGCAAACGGGGUGACCCGGGCCGGCGGGCCUGGAACUCAGGGUGUGCCGAACAGCGGCGGGGCCGGUGUGACUCAUGGCCGCCCUCCGGUAGGGGCGACUUUCUGAUACGACUUUCAGUGGUGCGCUGUGCGGCCUAUUGGGAGCUCUGGCACCUGCAUGGUUGGCCUGUAAAACUUGCGAAAAUCGCAUACAAUGUAUCCUUAUAAUUUUUGACGGAAAUACUAGUGAGUGUGAAUGGAAGUUGAGCUAUGUAGGUCUUUUCGUGGCGGGUCCCUGCUAUCCCCUCGCGAUUAUUUACCCGAGCAGCUGAGGUCGUGGCUCGGGUCGAGCCAGACGUCCUGCUGUCAGCUGUAUGAACGUUGUACAUUGGUAUUCACCGCGCGCGCCGGGUGGCACGAUUUAGUUCCGUGUAUGUGGUAGAGGGGAGCCGUCAGUCGAUCAUGUAUACCGUGUAGGACGAACUGGGCCCAGGCCUACGCUGCACGAAUGUAUUUAUGUCCGAUGUGCGUGUGAAAAAUAAAUAAACGAAUCCCAAA